UAUAUCGCAUCCCAACUUUGGUUUCUGUUUAAUAAAAGGGGAACCUCCAUACUCACCCCCUUCCAAAUUCUUCACUCUCUCUCUCUUUCUCUCUCUCUCUCUCUCUAUAUAUAUAUAUAUAAUUUAGUCCUUACAGUGUGUGUAUGACAUGACUAGUUGCUGAUCGAUACAUUUCGUUAGCCAUAAUCGAUCCGAAAGGGUUAGAAAAAUCGAUGAUGGAGUCGAUUGCAACAGCAUCUAAGUUGUUCUGUUGUAUUGUCUUCGUACCUCUGGUUUUGAAUUGCUUCAACGACUUCCGAUCCGACGCUAAACUUCUGCCCCGAGAAGAAGUGAAAGCUCUUGAAACAAUAUCAGCAAGACUGCAGAUCAAACAUUUCACUGUUAACCAAAGUUUCUGCAGUAGCGGCACAUUUCAAAUAAAUGGCACUGAUGGGAGUGAGACCACUGUUAUUUGCAAUUGCAAUUCCACUGUUUGCCAUGUCACAAACAUCCGCUUGAAGGGUCUAGAUUUAGCAGGAAUUCUACCAGAAGAAUUUGCAAAUCUUAGUAAUCUGCAAGAAAUUGAUCUCUCACGCAACUAUAUCAGUGGAUCAAUUCCAAAGACUUUUGCUAAGCUCUCAUCUCUCACCAUUCUGGCUCUUGGGGGAAACCGCAUUAAUGGUGUGAUUCCUGGGGAAAUUGGAGAUAUUGCUACUCUUGAGCAGCUGGUGUUGGAACAAAAUCAGCUUAGUGGAUCUCUUCCUGAAAAGCUUGGAAAUUUGAGCCGCUUGAGCAGGCUCGUUCUUUCUGCUAACAAUUUUACGGGAACAAUUCCAAACAAAUUCAUCAACUUGAAGAACUUGACAGAUUUUAGGAUAGAUGGGACUGUACUGUCUGGGAAGAUACCUCCUCUGAUUGGGAACUGGACAAAAAUUGAAAAAAUGUACAUACAAGGCACAUCCAUGGAUGGCCCCAUUCCUUCUACCAUAUCCCAGCUGAAAGACAUAACUGAGCUGAUAAUAUCAGAUUUGAAUGGAUCAACUACGAAAAUCCCUGAUCUGGAGGGGAUGAAAAAAUUGAAAGUUCUGGUACUGAGAAACUGCCUAAUUACUGGUCAAAUCCCACCUGACAUUGGUCAAUUGCUAACCCUCAAAACUUUAGACCUGAGCUUUAACAUGUUGACUGGUGGAAUUCCGCCAACAUUUUUGGGCUUGGAUAAGGGUAUAGAAUUCAUGUUUUUGACAAGCAACUCACUAACUGGAGAAGUACCUGAUUGGAUUCCCAAAAGCAAGAAUAAAAUUGAUAUAUCUUACAACAACUUUACACAGUCGGCAUCGUCAGAUCAAUUUAGUUGCCAGUCAUCAUCCGUGAAUUUAGUUUCCACUGUUCCACCUACAAUCGACAACUCAGCUCAUUGGUGCUUGCAGAAGGGCUUGCCUUGCCCAACAAAACCCAAAUACCAUGAUUUGUUCAUCAACUGCGGAGGAGAUCAAACAUCCUUUGAGCGACAUGAAUAUGAAGAGGACAAAAACCCACAGGGUGAAUCAUCCUUUUUCUCUUCUUCAGAUAAAUGGGCUUAUAGCAGCACAGGGUCUUUCUUUGGCAAGAGUAGUGCGCCUUUAAUAACAGACAACAAAUUCUCGUUGAAUUUGCCUGGUGGUAACUUGUACAGUACAGCCCGCCUUGCCCCUAUUUCAUUGAAGUAUUAUGGGCUUUGCUUGCGCAACGGUUGGUAUAACGUGCGCCUCCAUUUUGCUGAAAUAAUGUUCUCUGAUGAUCAGAAAUUUAACAGCCUCGGGAGGCGCAUCUUCGAUAUAUCAAUCCAAGGGGAAGUACGUUGGAAGGACUUCAAUAUUAUGGAGGAAGCUGGAGGUGCCGGCAAGAACAUCACAAAGGAGGUUGAUGUUUACGUUAAUGGUAGCACUCUGGAGAUUCACCUAUACUGGUUAGGGAAAGGAACUACCUCAAUUCCCGACAAGGGAAUAUAUGGACCUCUUAUAUCUGCUAUUUCAGUGACACCAAACUAUAAAGUUCAUACUAGACUAUCUGCUGGAGCUAUUGCUGGCAUUGUGGUUGCUUCAUGUGUGCUCCUUGUGUUGAUCCUAGUUGUACUUCGAAUGAAGGGUUACCUUGGUGGGAAAGACCUCGAAGAUAAAGAACUUCGAGCACUCGAUCUGCAAACAGGUUAUUUUUCCUUGAGACAAAUCAAAGCUGCAACCAGUAACUUUGACCAUGCGAACAAAAUUGGUGAAGGAGGAUUUGGGCCAGUUUACAAGGGAGUACUGUCAGAUGGUGCUGUUAUCGCUGUUAAGCAGCUCUCCGCUAAAUCAAAGCAAGGAAAUCGUGAAUUUGUCAAUGAGAUAGGCAUGAUAUCUGCCUUACAACACCCAAAUCUUGUCAGGCUCUACGGCUGUUGUAUUGAAGGAAACCAGUUGUUGCUAAUAUACGAGUAUAUGGAAAACAAUAGUCUUGCCCGUGCACUCUUUGGUCGUGAGGAGCACUGCCUAAAACUGGACUGGCCAACAAGAAAAAGGAUAUGUGUGGGGAUAGCAAGGGGGCUAGCUUACCUUCACGAGGAAUCAAGGUUGAAAAUUGUUCACAGAGACAUUAAGGCCACCAAUGUGCUGCUUGAUAAGGAUCUGAAUGCCAAGAUAUCUGACUUUGGUUUGGCCAAACUUGAUGAAGAGGAGAACACCCAUAUCAGCACACGAAUUGCUGGAACAAUAGGAUAUAUGGCUCCUGAAUAUGCAAUGAGAGGUUACUUAACAGAUAAAGCAGAUGUUUACAGCUUUGGAAUUGUUGCACUAGAGAUUGUCACUGGAAAAAGCAACACAAAUUACAGGCCGAGGGAGGAGUUUGUUUACCUUCUUGAUUGGGCCUAUGUCCUGCAAGAGCAGGGAAAUCUUUUAUCACUUGUGGAUUCCAAUCUCGGUCCAGACUACCCUAAGGAAGAGGUAAUGAAUAUGUUAAAUGUCGCUCUCUUGUGCACCAACAUAUCUCCCUCCCUCAGGCCAUCCAUGUCUUCCGUGGUGAGUAUGCUCGAAGGCCAAAGUCCCAUACAAGCACCGGUGAUCAAGCGCAAUUCACUGAAUGAGGACAUGAGGUUUAAAGCCUUUGAGAGGCUAACGCAGGACAGCCAAACACACGUCUCUACGUUCUCUGUAGACAGUCAAGUGCAGAGGAGCAUAUCAAUGGAUGGGCCAUGGAUUGAUUCCUCAGUUUCUAUCCCAAGUAUCAAUGAGGUGCGGGACCAUUCUUCAUCUAGCAAGCUUCUUCCGGAUCUUUAUGAUGUAAAUUUAGAAUGAUAAAAUGAAUAUAUGAUGCAUACAUAACUACAAACCUUUUUUGAGGCUCUUCUUCUUUUUCUUUUUUUUUUUUCUCCUCAAAAUUUUUGUAGUUUAUUUAAAAUGAUAUUAAUAUUAUUCUUUUUAGUCUUUUUUAUAUUCAUCGCUACCAACGCGUUUUAAAGGUAUUUCUUGUAUUAGAAAAAGGUUCAUAGGCUUGAAUGUCCUUGUAUUUGUUUUUGUGUGGUGUAAUUUGUUUUGUUACGAAAAUGCCAAAUUGGGAGAUUGUUGCAGUUCA